UGUUGAGGACUUUGAUCAGUUAUAUUGGUGACACUGCUGUUUGGCAUAAUCGUCAUAAUGGUCAUAAUAGCACAAACUAACCAUUCGGUGUUAAUUAUUGCAGUUUGAUUGUUCAUCUUCUUAUAGUUUACAGCUGUUCGACAGAUGACACUCGGGAGAUACGAUUGGUGUCUUAUAAUUGACUACCAUCUUUGUCAAGCUUGUUGCUGCUGCUGCUGAUGUUUCUGCGUCAUUUAAUAUACGCCAGGAGUAAUUUCAUGCAAUAAAUAUGGAUUUGGAUCGGAUACACAUACCUUGGUAAUUUACAGUGGUAACAGAAUUUGAAAAGUUUCAUUUUCAUUGUUGUUCUGUGUAGAGAGUGCAGAACGAUGGGCUGUACUUGCAGCAAGACGGAUAUUAAUGAUCGCCACCCGAACAUCUUUCAGGUGAUGAAUGUGGAUGAACUAGGCAAUUGGUUAAGCCAUGGGCAAUUGGAGAUAACUGAAUCUGACCUAGUCCUAUACCAGAAAAAGAAAGAUCCAGUUAAAUGGCCACUACGAUGUCUGAGACGAUAUGGAUUUGAUGCAGAUUUGUUUAGUUUUGAGUGUGGUCGGCGUUGCCCAACAGGACCUGGUAUUUAUGCUUUCCGCUGUCAGCGAGCUGAAUUGUUGUUCAACUUGCUGCAGAGUCAUAUCCAAGUAAGAAACAGUGCUAGUGAAGAUGCUGUCUCUCAGGAAUUCCAAGUUCCUUCAGCCCCAGGUCCAGCUGUAUCAUCUCGACUAAGUAUUAGUGGAGAUACCACAUAUUUGGAGCUCUCAACUUUAAGGUCAGGCAGUAGAGUUAAUGCUCCGAAUAGUAUCCGCUUUGCAUCCCAAAAUGGGGGAGGAUCAACAAGAUUAGGCAGUGUUGGGAGCAGUAGCAAUGGCCCCAUUAGUCCUCAGGGUACUGCAUCUCCAUCACCACCACCUGCAAUCAUUCCUUCUUUCCCAGGUCUGUCUGUAACUAGCAACAACAAUCCUAAUUUAUAUUAUGCCAAUGAAGAAUUAUUUAUGGCAUCAGCAGCUACUGCUGCUGCUACUACUACUACUACUAUUACUACUACUACUACUAGUAGUAGUAGUAGUAGUAGUACUACAACCACCACCACCACUGUUACUACAACCACAACUACAGUAGCACCAGCAGAGCCAUUUGAAAGCAGUGUUCAACAGCAGCAGCAGCCCCAGAGAACAGUCAGGGAACCUCAUUUCAAUGGUGAGUCAAUUCCUUGUACAGUGCCACCCCCUGUUACAACUGAUGGGAACAAGUCUACAUGUCGGCAAAGUGUGGGGAGUGCUGAUGGAAUUACAACAAAUAUCAGUGUUGAAACCAUGUCUUGUACCCAGACAUACUUGACACCAUCUUACAUCAAUGUAGAUCUCAGUGCAGGAGUAGAACCAGUAUCUCCAACAUGUAGUAUCAAUGGAGAAUCAACUUAUGCUUGUCAUAAUCUGACAAAUGAUUCCCAACAGUGUCAUCUUUACAUGAAUGUCAUCCCUGGACCAGAAAAUGGUGUAUCAGCAACUCCUGAUAAACCGUCCACCACCAUCUGGCCUAAACCAGCACUGCCUUGUUCUGGCAUGCAGCAGCAAGAAUGGGAAUUAGAAGAAUCACGCCACUGUUAUGCCAAUUUAGAACCAGGUGAAAUUGAAGUGGCUAGAAGUCACAUUCCAAAGAGACUGUCAGGAACAGAGAGAGUGCCCCCUCUGCCACUGCUUUCUUCCACAGUUCAGUCACCACAGAACCCACUAACCCCUCCUCCUGGAGUGGUCCGGACGUUGAAUUAUGUUGAGUUGAAUCUAGAACAAAAUAGAACAGACUCAAUGGCAGGUAAUGCAAAUUCCCCUGUUGGGUCUGUUCCUCCCACCUCUCUAUCUCUUCCACCAGACUCUCCAAGACGAGGUACAGAAGGGUAUGCAACGAUAGACUUUAACAGAACUGCGGCACUCUCUCAUUCAGUAAAUCCAAAUGUUGACAAUGACAGUGAGGGCUCUCGAAAGACCAGGCACAAUUCAACUAUCAACGACCAUAUUGCUCCCUCCACAAGGCUCAGCUCAUCAGACUAAAUAUAGGGUAUGCUUAUUUUGCAAUGAAGACUCUUUAGUUUCUCUGUUUGCAAUUUUGUGAACUUUGUUAGACUCAUUUUCAGAAUACACAUCGAACUCUUCAUAAUGUACCGUAGACAUUAUGCAUGUACCCUUAAUUGUAAACAAUCAAAGUAGAGGGGAAAGAUUACAGUACUGUGCAAUAAUUGCUGGUCUGUUUGAAGAGACACAAACCAAUUUUUAAAAACAAUUAUAUUAGAGAUAUUUGUACAUAGUAAUUAUUACAUGUUGAACUGUGUGCCUGAAUAUAUAUUUUGUGUGAUUAGGUAUAUACACAUAGUAGAAUUAAAUAAAAGAUAUAUUGCAUA